CAAAGAGAAAAGCCUUAAUUUGUUCCAUAGCGAAAUGGCGAGUACAACCAUUUUAGCUCUCUUCCUUCUUUCAGUCCUAACCUUCAACCCUCCUUCAACCACUGCUCAACCUGUCACGGACUUGCAUGGUAACAUCGUUAGAAAUGGUGGCAGAUUCUUUAUUUUGCCGCCAUUUACAGUAGCCGGUGGAAUUCGACGAAUCAAAACUGGAAACGAAACUAUCCCACUCAGUGUUGUGCAAUCUCCCAUCGAGAUCGAUAAAGGGCUCCCAUUGACCAUUACAUCCCCAUCCGAUUCCUUAUUUAUCCCUAACGGCUCUCCGGUGUUCAUUAGCUUCGAAUUAACUCCUAUAAUCGGUGCCUUCCCUCUUGAGUGGACCGUUGUUGCGGGUCUGCCUGAAGGAACCCUCGUUAAAGUUGAAGGCUACCCACAUACAGUCCCAGGUUCCUUCUCUAUUCACAGAGUCCGAGACAAUACCUAUAAACUUUUGUUCUGUACACUUGACAGCAGCCUCUGCGGUAAUGUUGCGAUUGUUGAGGAUGAAGCAAAGAACAGGCUUUUGGCUGUCAAUCAGAAACACCCAUACGAGUUUGUUCUUGAGCAACUUCCAUCCUCAUCUGCUGCAUCUAAAUAAACAACUGUGCACCAAAAAUCCCGCACUUUCCUCCUUGUGAGAGAAGUGUUUAUGCUUUGGGUGUAAUAAAUAAAUAAAUAAAUGCCAGACUAAAUAAAACAUCCUGAACUUAUGUCUCUGCUUUUUUUAACUUGUUCAUAUUUCUAAGUCCAUAGAAUUUGUUUUAAUUUCACCCUUUCGCUCUAAAGCCAAUGGUCUGAUUAAAGUCUUCUUUUUAAUUGAGGUAGGGAAUGCCAUGCUUUGUUUUACAAAUCUGCGAACGGGUCUAUA